AUGUCCGUGCCAGGCAGUCCAUUCCAGGCUAACCUAGGACACUUCGAGCUGGGAACCCCACGCAGGGUGGUGUCCUUCAGAGACCUGCAGAAAACCUCUAACUUUACGAUUGCUGAGGUAUCUUCUCAAUUCUGUUGGCCACCGCCACCUUCCAGUGAACAUAGAGUAUCCGCCCGCAUCUGCCCAGAGAUGGCCAGGGAAACUGCUGAGACCGCAGGUGCUGCACAACCCCCUAGCAACGGUCCCACCUCAAGUUCCUUGCUGUUCAUCAAGCCAGCCUGUGCUGCGAAGGAAAUAGCCCCUGGUUCCGAUCGUUUUCCACCCGGGAAAUUUAUGUCAACCCGUCAGGGACACAAUCCCUUCCUUCUGCCCUCAAUUUCUGCUAAUCGUAAGCCGCCUCCGCUGCCGCCUCUUCCAUCAGAGGGAGGAAAUACCUUGCGGUCCCGGUCGUUCUCGCCUGAAACACGCGGGCCAAGCAUGGGAACAAAUGUCCUUAUAGCAUCCAGAGCGGCCGCAUCUGGGCCCCUAGGCCCCGAUAACAAUGAUUCUGAGCUGCCCAAAUCCGGGCCAGGGUGCCCCAAUAACGAUAGUCCAACGCCAUCCUGGCUCCGCACCGCUACGCCAGGCCAGCGCCACCAACGUCAACCCCUCAACUACUCGGAUCAGGCCCUCAUGCCGCAGUGA